AUGUUCACUUUGAUUUUUCUGUUCUUGCUCCUGAACAUUCCACUUCUUGUGUCCAGUAUUAUUCGUCCCAGAUGCUUUUGGAGAAUGAAGCAAAAUAAAGACAAAGAUGGAGAUUCAUUGACAGGUUGUUACUUCUACUUUUUUAUAGGGAAGUGGCCUGUGGAAAAAGAUUAUUUCAACCACAUUCUUAAUACACAAUCACCAACGGAAAACAAGUACUUUCCAUUGGUCUUAGCUUUUUCCAUGGAUGAAGUCAAUAGGAACCCUGAUCUUUUGCCAAAUAUGUCAUUCGUAUUCCCUGAAGGUGGUUUUAAGACUUUGAAAAAAUUAUACAGUGGCAUGCCUCUUUCUGAAGAAUAUAAUCGUUUUCCCCCUAAUUAUAAUUGUAUUGGAUUCGUUAUGUGUAUAUUGAUGCUGAGUGGACCAGACUGGGCAACAUCUGCAAUGGUCGGGAUAUUCCAGGACCACUACGGAUCUCAAGAGUUCGUGCAGCUCACCUAUGGACCUUUCCAUCCUAUUCUGAGUGAUCACGAAAAAUUUCCCUAUCUGUAUCAGAUGGCCCCCAAGGACACAGCUCUACCCCUGGCCAUGGUUUCUUUGAUGCUUCACUUCAGUUGGAACUGGAUAGGACUGGCCAUCUUAGACAAUGAUCAGGGUACCCAAUUUCUAUCACAUUUGAGAAGAGAGAUGGAAAAAAAUACAGUCUGCUUUGCCUUUGUGAGUAUGAUCCCAGUCAACAUGCACGUAUACAUGUCAAGAGCAGAAGUGUAUUAUACCCAAAUCAUGACAUCAUCCACAAAUAUAGUUAUCAUUUAUGGUGACACAAACAGUACUCUUGCUUUGAGCUUUAGAAUGUGGGAAUCUCUAGAUAUAAAGAAAAUAUGGGUGACCACAUCACAGUGGGAUGUCACUACAAGUAAGAGAGACUUAACACUUGACACAUACUAUGGGACACUAGCUUUUGCACAACACCAUUCUGAGAUUUCUGGUUUUAAAAAAUUUCUCCAGACACUGAACCCUCUCAAAUACUCAGAUGAAUACCUCGCAAGGCUGGGGUGGAUGAACUUUAACUGUGAGGUCUCAGCUUCUAAGUGUGAGACACUGAAGAAUUGUUCAUCCAAUGCUUCAUUGCAAUGGCUAAUGACAGAGACGUUCGACAUGGCUUUUAGUGAUGAAGGUUAUGACAUAUAUAAUGCUGUGUACACCGUGGCCCAUGCUGCCCAUGAGAUGCUUCUUCAACAAGUGGAUGAUGGGGAAGAACACUAUGGUAACUGCUUGAAGGUAGUGUUUCUUCUAUUGGAUAAAAUAUUGUGUCAUCAAUAUCAUUGCCUUGCACUGCACUCCAUUCUGAGAAAGACUCACUUCACUAAUCCUAUUGGAGAAAAAGUGAAUAUGAACCAGAGAGAAAACCUACAGGCUGAGUAUGACAUUUUCCAGAUUUGGAAUUUCCCAAAUGGAUUUGGAUUUAAGGUGAAGAUAGGAGAGUAUAGUCCAUAUUUCCCAGUUGGUCAACAGCUGAAUAUAUAUGAAGAUGUGAUAGAGUGGUCCACAGGAAAUAGACAGAUGCCACCCUCAGUGUGCAGUGCUGAUUGUGGUCCUGGAUUCAGAAAAUUCUUGAAGGAGGGAAUUGCAGCCUGCUGUUUUGAUUGCAUCCCCUGCCCAGAAAAUGAAGUUUCUAAUGAGUCAAAUGUGGAUAAAUGUGUGAGGUGUCCAGAGGACCAGUAUGCCAACAGAGAGCAGGACCAGUGCAUUCACAAAGCUGUGAUCUUUCUAAACUAUGAAGAUCCCUUGGGGCUGGCUCUUGCCUUAAUGGCAUUGUGGUUCUCUGCAUUCACAGUUCUGAUUUUGGGGGUCUUUGUCAAGCACCAUGACACUCCCAUUGUGAAGGCCAAUAACCGGAAUCUUAGUUACAUAUUGCUCUUCUCACUCAUGUUUUGUUUCUUGUGCCCCUUGCUCUUCAUCGGGCAACCCAACUCAGCUACCUGUGUCCUGCAGCAAAUCACAUUUGGAUUUGUAUUCACUGUGGCUGUUUCCACUGUGUUGGCCAAAACAGUGACUGUCCUGCUGGCCUUCAUAGUCACAGCCCCUGGAAGGUUGAGAUACUUUCUUGUUUCAGGGGCACCCAAAUACAUCAUAGCCAUUUGUAUCAUCAUUCAAAUUAUUCUCUGUACAAUAUGGCUGGGAGUUUCUCCUCCCUCUAUUGACACUGAUGCACACUCUGUGCAUGGCCAAAUCAUCAUUGUGUGCAACAAGGGCUCAGUUACUGCAUUCUACUGUGUCUUGGGAUACCAUGGCUCCCUUGCCUUAGGGAGCUUCAUUGUGGCUUUCUUGGCCAGGAAUCUCCCUGGCACAUUCAAUGAAGCCAAAUUGCUGACCUUCAGCAUGAUGUUGUUCUGCAGUGUUUGGGUCACCUUUCUCCCUGUCUAUCAUAGCACCAAGGGCAAGGCCAUGGUUGUUGUGGAGGUCUUCUCCAUCUUGGCCUCCAGUGCAGGCCUGCUGGGAUGUAUCUUUAUUCCUAAGUGCUACAUAAUUUUGUUUAAACCAGAGAGAAAUUCUCUUGAAAAGAUAAGGAAGAAAACAUCUUCCUGA